AUGUUUUCCCAAGGUUCUAUUCCUGAAGUCAAAGAAGAAGCUAUUGGAUAUGCUUUAAAUGAAAGAAAGCAGAAGAUUCCACAAUUCCAAGACCUGGGUCCCCCAGAUUUGAUUACUUUGGUCAAAUAUAUCCCAUCUGCAAAUUCUGGUAAUGGAUCCAAGGAUUCUGGCUCAAAUCUUCAUGGUAGAAGUGUGACUAUCACUGAGAGUUCUACUCAGAUUAGUUCUAAUACCACUGCUAAUGGCCAUAGCAAAAAAAAAUCUAGUUCUGAAUCGAAAUCUAAAUCAGGAGUUGCCACUGAACCAAGUGAUCUACACUCUAUUAAUAAUUUGAAAGGUGAAAUUGGUACUUUUUUCUAUUCCUUAGGUGCAGACACUUCUGAUCCAACAUCAAUUGCUAUCUUUUUAAAGACAAUUGCUGAUACGAUAUCUGAACAACCGCAAGCUUGGUUUGGUAAAAAUAAAAAUUUCAAUGUGGCAAGAAUUUCAUUUUCUACUUUUAAUACAUUUAGAAAGUGUGACAUUAAUGUUAUUGUUCAUAUCCCAGGUACAUUACAAACUUAUAUUUUGGAUGUUAAUGGUGAACAAUUACAAAUCCAGCCACAAUCCAAAUUGCAUGAAUUGAUUUGGGCUGAAACUUUCUUUAGUUCCAUCGUUCGUUCUUUAAUGUUGAUGAAAGAUAAUGCUGAAGAAUCUGAAGUACAAAAUUUGGUCGAAACUUUGAUCAUUAAUCCAUUAACUUCUGGACAAAUUGAUAAGAUUUCAAACACUUUUAUUGAUUUAUUCCCCUUAGUUUAUGAAAGAGGUCCAUUAUUAGGUGCUCCAUGCCAUGUUACAAAUGUCACCAGAACGAAUAAUUAUUUAAUUGAAACUUUAAUUGAAAUCAUUAGAUUAACUAAAAAUAUCGACAAAUGUCGUAAGAUGCUGGAGAAAUUAUCUGAACAAUUCCCAGAAAUAAUAUCUGUCUUGGCAAGAAUCUUUAUGACAAAUGAUCUGGAAAUUGAUGCUAUCAAACUAAUUAAUGAUACUUUGGAAAACCCAAUUAUUGAUAACAACAAUCCCUAUAAAUUAGAUUAUACUGCCGAUUUAUUAUGCAUACAGACGGAAUUCUUAUUGAACAUAAAACAAGAUUACGUUUUAGCUAAAAAAGUGGCACAAACUGCUUGUAAUUAUUCUCCAAGUGAAUUUAGACCUUGGUAUUUGUUAGCGAAAGUUUAUAUCAAGUUAAAUGAUGUAGAAAAUGCUUUAUUAACAUUAAAUGCUUGUCCUAUGGCACCAUUAAAGGAAAAAUAUACUUUGAAAAGAGUCGUACCAAUACAAUCAGAUGCUAAUCUUCAUUUACCAUUACCUGUAGAUGUUAUAUUAGAUGAAGUUUCUUCAUUGAAUCCUCAAGAUAUUCAACAAGAACAUAAAUCUGCUGAUCCUGCCUUGGUGAAUCUAGCUGCUGCUAAUUUAAAAUCUACUUUCCAAUUGGCUUAUAAGUUAUUAACUGAAAUUGUCCAAUUGACUGGUUGGGAAGCUUUAUUAAAAUAUAGAUCUAACAUUUUUGUCAUGGAAGAAGAAUACCAAGGUACCACUGAAGAGAUCGAUAAAGAGACAACAAGUAAUUCUGCCACUGCUCAUAAUACAAAUACUUCAACAGAUCAAGAAAAUAAUAAUAAUACUAAUAAUAACAAUAGUGCUAACGAUAGUACUGAGGCUACAGAUGUUGGUACUCCUAACGAAACAGAUGAUAUAAAUGAUCAAAAUCUAACAAAAACGAAAAAUAAUAUUUCAAGUUUAGAAAGAAAAGCUCAAAGUUUACGUUCAAAAAGAUUGUGUGAAAGAUGGUUGGAUAAUCUAUUCAUGCUAUUAUAUGAGGAUUUGAAAACUUAUACUUUAUGGCAAACAGAACAAUUAUAUUUCGAAGCUCAAAAUACUAAGUAUAACAAAUUAACUGUGGAAUGGGAACUAUUUGGUUUAUGUGCUCGUAGAUUGGGCCAUUAUCCGGAAGCUGCUACUGCCUUUCAACAAGGUUUAGCACAACGAUUUUCCUCUGAUUGUGCAAGAAAACUAUUAGAAUAUUAUAUUGAAGAGGUUAAACGUAUCAAAUUACAAUCUAUGGAUCCAAAAUCUGAUAUGACAUCCUCUCAAAUCGUGUCUAAAUUGGAUGACUUAGAUAGACGUAUCAUUGAUUUGUGUGUUAAAGUUUGUUGUUGGAACCAUCGCUGGUAUAUUGAAUAUUCUACCAAACUAUUGGAUUCAAUGGCUGUUGUGGUUCAAGAUAUGAGUUUAACUAAAGUUUCAAACGAGAUCUCUGCAAGAUAUUCUGAAUCUAUUCACAAACUUAUGGAAGACAACUUUCUAACUUUCUUCAAAGAUUAUACAAACGGCUAUUUUGACGUAUAA